AUGGGUGAGUCUGACGUGUUACCAACUGAGAGACGUGGUAAGUCGAUGAGUGAGUCUGACGUGUUACCAACUGAGAGACGUGGUGAGUCGAUAGGUGAGUCUGACGUGUUACCAACUGAGACACGUGGUAAGUCGAUGGGUGAGUCUGACGUGGUACCAACUGAGAGACGUGGUGAGUCGAUAGGUGAGUCUGACGUGUUACCAACUGAGAGACGUGGUGAGUCGAUAGGUAAGUCUGACGUGUUACCAACUGAGAGACGUGGUGAGUCGAUAGGUGAUUCUGACGUGUUACCAACUGAGAGACGUGGUGAGUCGAUAGGUGAGUCUGACGUGUUACCGACUGAGAGACGUGGUGAGUCGAUGGGUGAGUCUGGCGUGUUACCAACUGAGAGACGUGGCGAGUCGAUAGGUGAGUCUGACGUGGUACCAACUGAGAGACGUGGUGAGUCGAUAGGUGAGUCUGACGUGGUACCAACUGAGAGACGUGGUGUGUCGAUGGGUGAGUCUGGCGUGUUACCAACUGAGAGACGUGGCGAGUCGAUGGGUGAGUCUGACGUGUUACCAACUGAGAGACGUGGCGAGUCGAUGAGUGAGUCUGACGUGGUACCAACUGAGAGACGUGGCGAGUCGAUGGGUGAGUCUGACGUGGUACCAACUGAGAGACGUGGUGAGUCGAUAGGUGAGUCUGACGUGGUACCAACUGAGAGACGUGGUGAGUCGAUAGGUGAGUCUGACGUGUUACCAACUGAGAGACGUGGCGAGUCGAUGGGUGAGUCUGACGUGGUACCAACUGAGAGACGUGGCGAGUCGAUGGGUGAGUCUGACGUGGUACCAACUGAGAGACGUGGUGAGUCGAUGGGCGAGUCUGACGUUUACCAAAUGAGUGACUAA